CGUCAAGGUUGAGCUUUAUGGCAGCUCCCUUGCCUACUGACCACAGUUCUCACUCGCUCUCCACCCUUCGUGGACUACGUUCAUUUGCCGUUGCCAUCCAGAAGAAAUGAUGACGAAGCUGUUUCUACCUCUCCAUAUUCUCCUCUAGUGAUGUGGCUAAUCUCUUCACGGCUUUGUAGCCUAAAUGCUACAGGCCAUAGUUAAGUAUAACGUAAGCCUAGGCCUUACGCGAAAACGUGUGGAAUUUCGACCAAGCCUAAUGGAGGGCUUAGGGCUAGGCCUGUUAGCUCUUGGCAUUAGUUUAGAUUGAAUAGUUAUUUUAGCAUGAUUGGAUUUGUGCCUUUAACUGCCCUUGUUAUAAUUGCAGAGUGUUCUUCGAGGAAGAUGACGUUAUUUAGCCUACUUAUGUCCAAGCUCCCACUCCUGUGGGUCAUCUUCGCAUCUGUUAUAACUGUCCUUGUGGUUGUGGUUGUUGCCAUUCCGAAGUUGUUCCAUAUUGCUCAAAGUUUAUUCUACCAGUGGUUCUGUCCAAUUCCACAAUUCAAAAGCUAUGGAAGAUGGGCAGUUGUUACAGGAUCUACAGAUGGUAUUGGACGAGCCUAUGCAAGAGAGUUGGCAAGGCGAGGAAUGGACAUCAUUCUGCUCAGCCGAAGCCUGUCAAAGUUACAAAAUGUUGCUGCUGAAAUUGAGAAGGAGUUCAAGGUGAUGACUCGCGUCAUUGAUGUGGACUUCACCCGAACUGACAUCUAUGAGCGAAUUCGUCAAGAGCUAGAUGGAAUGGACAUAGGAGUAUUGGUGAACAACGUGGGGAUGUCGUAUCCAUUUCCAGAGUUCUUUGCUGAAGUGCCUGAUGGGGACAAGAAGUUCAUGGAUCUCAUCACAUGCAACAAUGUGUCCAUGAUGAUGAUGACUCGUAUUGUCCUCCCAGCAAUGGCUGAGAAGAAGAAGGGGAUCAUCAUUAAUCUCUCCUCACUCUCUGGCCUCUGCCCUGUCCCUCUUCUCAAUGUGUAUGCUUCAACCAAGGCUUUUGUUGAGAGCUUUUCCCGUGGGCUUGCAUCUGAGUACAAGCGGAAGGGCAUCAUUGUCCACUUGGUCACCCCUGGGUAUGUGGCAACUAACAUGUCUGGAAUCCGUACUGCCAGCUGGGUCGUCCCCACACCAGAGAAGUUUGUGCGAUCUGAUCUCCGCUGCGUUCUGCAUUUGACACACACUGGCGGAUAUUGGUUCCACAAUCUUUUGGUAGAGGGAAUUAGGUUCCUCAAUUACUGUGUGCCAUCUUCUGCCCUCUGGAUAAUGUGGUUCCAACUAGCCCCCAUUCGUGCAAAGGCAUUGCGAAAGCAAAAGGAAAAGCAGAAAUGAUGUCUUAUUCUUUUACUCCCAAGUGAAGUUUACUUUAACCAUCUUUGGGGUUUGUCAUCCACAGAUGUAUUUCCAUAUUAGAUUCCAAUCUUUUUAUAUCUUCUCUUGUAUAUUUCAGUGCAUCUUAUGUUCCUGUUGGGAUUCAAUAGUCUAUCAUCAUUGAGUUUUUUAAAUCAACUUUUUUGUUAUCCAUUCAUACACAUAGUUGCAUUAGCUUUAUUUUUAUGGGGAAUAAUUGAAACCUUUAGGCCUGAGCACACUCCUUGCCACCUUCCUUGUCAAAUUUUUACUAGUAUUAAUUCUAAGAUAAACUGGUACGGUAGCAAUUAUAAUAUUCAGUCAGCCUUGAGUUGCAUGAAAUUUGGGCAGUGUGAUGGUAGGAAAUGCAGGCAGCUAAGCAAAACAAUCUCAUUUCUUGCAUUGGCCAAGGUGCAACUGGGGAAGCAUUCCAUUGUUAUUUUUUUUUUUUCCACCAGGAGCCAUAUGGGCUGCAUCUUGUUGGUUGGUUUUCAAGAACUUGGGUGUUUGAAAUAAAAAUUUGCCUGAGGCCCUA